AUCAUCUCUCUCUUUCAGACAGCACUUCUUCUUUCUUCUCACAGUGAACCCCACAAAAUGCUUGCUUUAAAUCUCCUUUCCCCUUCUUCAAUCACUCCUUUAACCUCGAAAAAGCCCUUCAAAAACCCAUUUUUAUUACCCCCCAUUUCAACCCUUAAACUUAGAUCAUCUUCUUCAAAUUCAACCCCAAAUGGGUUUCAAUCUAACCCAACAAAUCAUCCAAUCCCUUUUACCAAAUCCAAUCAAUCCCCAUUACUUUUCAAACCCAGAUCCCAUUUUCCAACCCCAAAUUCAUCUUCUACGAACUCUGAAUCUUCACCUACAUCUUCCCCUUUAAACCCCAACUCCAAAAGUUUAAAACUUGCUCUAGUUUUUGCUCUUUGGUACUUCCAAAAUAUUGUCUUUAACAUUUAUAACAAAAAAGUUUUGAACAUUUUCCCAUUUCCAUGGUUAUUGGCUUCUUUCCAAUUAUUUGCUGGUUCAAUUUGGAUGUUAUUUCUUUGGUCAUUUAAACUUCAACCUGCCCCUAAAGUCACCAAACCCUUUAUAAUUGCUUUGCUUGGUCCUGCAUUGUUUCAUACUAUAGGUCAUAUCUCUGCUUGUGUGUCCUUCUCUAAGGUAGCUGUUUCAUUCACUCAUGUAAUCAAGUCAUCUGAGCCUGUUUUCUCUGUCCUUUUCUCCACAUUCUUAGGUGAAUCAUACCCGAUUUCGAUAUGGCUUUCAAUCCUCCCCAUUGUUUUUGGGUGUUCACUUGCUGCUGUCACUGAGGUUUCAUUCAAUUUACAGGGUUUAUGGGGGGCUUUGAUCAGCAAUGUGGGUUUUGUUCUUAGAAACAUUUACUCAAAAAAGAGUUUACAAAGCUUCACAGAAGUUAAUGGAUUGAAUUUAUAUGGUUGGAUUAGUAUAAUCUCAUUGUUUUACCUUUUCCCAGUUGCUGUUUUUGUUGAAGGGUCUCAAUGGAUCCAUGGGUAUCAUAAAGCAAUUGAAUCAAUUGGAAAACCAAUGACAUUUUACAUAUGGGUUAUGUUAUCUGGGGUGUUUUAUCACCUCUAUAAUCAGUCAUCUUACCAGGCAUUGGAUGAAAUAAGUCCACUUACAUUUUCUGUAGGUAAUACUAUGAAGAGAGUUGUGGUUAUUGUGGCUACAGUUUUGGUUUUUAGGAACCCAGUUAGACCUCUCAAUGCUUUAGGCUCUGCCAUCGCCAUUUUUGGAACUUUCUUGUAUUCUCAGGCAAAUGCUGCUCAGAAAGCCAAGAAGAAGGUUGAAGGUUGCUCUGUAUCUCCCCCUGAUCUUGGAAGUUCAAAGAUUCAUACAUUUUUGCCAUCAAUUAUGGGUCAGAUUCUUGAUAAACUUCAAGGUAAGGAAUGGAGGAAGAAGCAGAUUAGGAAGAUAACAGACAAAGUGUUUGAUCGUAUACAAAGUCAUACCACACAUGUUACGCUGUCAUUUGAAGAACUGUACAUUGCGGUCCUGAUUGUUUACAAUGAUAUCAAUAAGUAUUUACCUGGGCCACACUUCGAUCCUCCGUCAAAAGACAAAGUCAAAACCUUGAUGCAGCAAUGUGAUGUAAAUCUCGAUGGAGCAAUCGACCGCGAAGAAUUUGUGAAAUUGAUGACGGAAUUGACUAAGGAUACAUUUAGCACAGUUAGUCAGGGACUUAUCAUCAGUCUAGUGGUAGCCCCAUCAGUUGCUUUAGCAACAAAGAGAGCAACAGAAGGCGUUCCUGGCGUGGGCAAAGUGGUGCAGAAGUUGCCUAGUUCGGUAUAUGCUUCCCUCGUUACUCUUAUCGUUGUUGCAGCCCAAAGCGCUAGCCUGGGAUAUUGAUGAUCAAAGGUUUUCGUUUAAUUCAUCCUCGUGUUACUUCAUGUUAUACAGAAACUAUAGAUCAUAACUAUAAUUAAUUGAUGUUCAACCUUAAACUGCAGAUUGGAUUGUUUAGUGUUUUCCUUUCAACUGAUAUAUACAGAAAUUACCGCGUAUUGUUUGCAUAUUAAUAUGAAAGAGCGAUGCGAUUAUGCUUU